AUGGCCGGAGAACGCGCUCCAAAGUACCGGCAGGAAAUCCAGCAGAUGAUGUUCGUCUCUGGAGAAACCGCCGAGCCAUCCCAAGAAACUACUACUCUCAUCGAAGAAAUCGUCCGGCAGCAAGUCGUCGAAAUGCUUACCCGCAGCACUGCCCUCGCAACUCGCCGCGGAAACCGUUCCAUCUCCACAGACGACCUUAUCUUCCUAAUUAGGCAUGACAAAGCCAAAGUGAGCCGACUAAGAACAUUCCUGUCAUGGAAGGAUGUUCGCAAAAACGUCAAAGAUUCAGACGACAAGGCAGGAGCUGAUGCCGCCGAUUUUGCGGCUGGUGAUGAUCCCCUCGCAGGUGCCGGUGUGGCAGGACCUCAGGAUAUGGCGGCGAAACCUAAAAAUAAACGCGCCAAAGUCGGGCUACCAUGGGAUAUCAAUAGUUUUUACUCCGUGCAAGCACCCGAGCGAGAGGAUGAGGAGGAUGAAGAGGAAGAGGAACAGAAUUAUGCCACAUUGCAACGUCUCGCAACUGCCGAUGAACGUACUAAGAAUAUGACCAGAGAGGAAUACGUGUUUUGGUCCGAUUGUCGCCAGGCGUCCUUUACUUUUCGAAAGGGUAAACGUUUUCGUGAAUGGGCUGGUUUUGGAAUUGUCACAGAAUCAAAGCCAAAUGACGAUAUUGUUGAUAUCCUUGGAUUUUUGACAUUUGAGAUUGUGCAAACCCUGACUGAGGAAGCGCUGAAAGUGAAGGAGCGUGAAGAUCGGGAGAAAAAAGGACGCGGAGGUGCUGAUUCUGAUUCUGGAGACAAUCCCAAAAAGCGAAAGCGUGAGACUGGAUUGUUUGAUCCUCCUGAAGAAGGGAGAACGCCAAUUGAGCCUCGACAUAUUCGAGAGGCAUUUCGUAAGCUACAGGCUACUCCGCAAAAGGCUGUUGCUAUGUUGCUCCACGACGGACGUGUUCCAGCACGCUUUCCAAUUCGUUUGGUAUAG